AUGUCGACAGCAGAAUUAAAGAAAUGGAGAAGAAUACGCGCUACUACACGCGCUCAACUUACAAAACUAGAAAAUUACGUAAACUCGAACGAAACUCUAACUCACGCGGAAAUACAAACAAGACUGCAGUCCCUACAAGAAAGUCUACAGUCAUUCAAAGAAGUACAACUGAAAAUAGAAUCGGAAAUUGCAGAUGACGAAUUUGAUAACGAAAUGAAAAUCAGGUACGAAAUUGAAGAAAAAUUUACACUAUUAAAAACCAUAUUGCUAAAUAUGCCUGAUCAAAGUGAACAAACCCUUACACAAUCAAUGUCGAAUCCACAAUUGGCUACCAACAGCCCAGCAGAAUCUAAACCGAAAAUAAACUUCCAAGCGCUACAAGAAAACGAAACUUUCAAGAAUUUCACUCAGCGCCUAGCUGUAUACUUUCUGUUGAACAAUAUCACAGAUGCGAAAUUCAAAGUGUACACAUUACUCUCGGCAUUACCUCCUAUACUUCACCAGAAACUCUACGACCUAUGCUCUCCGGACGAACCAAUCAACAUGAAUUUUAAGGAACUAACAGAUUUAUUAGACGACUAUUUAGACCCUAAACCUAGCACGUGGGCAUUACAUCGUUUUAUCUCCCGGCAACAACAAGAGGAUGAAACUAUUGCCAUAUACGCUGCAGAAUUGAAGAAACUGUCACUUAAUUGUGAAUUCAAAUGUCAUAACUGCAAGAAAUCCACAUCAGAAAGCUUUCUAUCACUGCAGUUUAUUCGUGGCUUAAGAGAUAGCGACAUCAGAACAAAAAUUCUUCAAGAAAGAGACACGCCACCAUUUGCAAAGCUAAUUCAGAUAGCCUCAGCAAUGGAAAUGGGGAAAGAUGAGAAUAAAAACAUAUCGCAGGACUUAAAUAGAGCAUGGAACACGAACGCUGUAACAUCUACAAGAAGACAACUUCGGCCAACUACUUCGACAAAAAUAAAUAUGAAACGCAGAUCACCAAUUACAAUAAUAGACUUAAGGGGGAAAUGCUACCGUUGCGGAAAGGAAGACCACCAGUCAAAUGAGUGCAGUGCCCUAAAAAUUACCUGUUCAAAAUGCAAUAAGAAAGGGCAUCUGGCACGCGUCUGCCUUCAAAGAACACCACCGACAUACCAAAUGGAACACACUACGAGUAGUGAAGAGAGCUUGUGUGACAUUAAUCUUAUUAAAAGCGAAAUUUCCGAAAAAUACAUGAUCCCUAUUAAAAUUGAAAAUACACAGGUUAACAUGGAAUUUGACACUAGAGCUACCUUGUCCUCGAUUUCACUUAAGCUAUACAGUGAAUUAAAAAUUAAAACGAGAAUUUUCAAAACAGACAUGAAAUUCAGAAUAUACACAGGAGAAAUUUUCAAGCCAGUCGGAGUGACUUACGUCAAAUGCUCCUACAAACAUCAAUGUUUCAAUGGAAAACUAUACAUUAUUAAUCAAGACGUGGACCCUAUUUUUGGUAGAAGUUGGAUGAAGGAAAUUUCAAUCAAUCUGGCAGAUAUGCGAGCAAUACACACAGCCACACCUAAACUAGAGAAGCUUAUAGAGGAAUACUCGAAUACGGUAUUUAAAUCUGAUUUAGGAAUGAUACCUAACUACAAAGCCCAUUUGAACCUAAAGGAAGAUGUCCAACCUAUUUUUAUUAAACCUCGAAGAAUUCCUUACGCCUUAAAAGACAAGGUUGAUAAGGAAAUAGAUCGACUUAGCAGAGAAGGAGUGAUCACUAAAAUAGAUCAUUCGGAUUGGGGCACACCGAUCGUCCCCGUCGUGAAACCAAACGGCAGUAUCCGCCUAUGUGCCGACUACAAGGUAACCCUAAACAAGGUAAUAAAGGACGAACAAUACCCUAUACCUAUUAUCGAGGACAUAUUCGCUGAAAUGAACGGAGGUAAAUUCUUCUGCACUUUGGACAUUACCCAAGCCUACCUCAACAUGGUAAUGGACGACGAAAGCGCCGCCCUGCAAACCCUUAGUACACACAAGGGAACUUAUAAGGUAAACCGCUUAAUGUUUGGGGUUAAGGUCGCUCCAAGCCUCUGGCAAAAAUUCAUGGAUCAAUUACUCCAAGAAUUAGAAGGGGUCAAAUGUUUUUUCGAUGACAUUAUCAUCCAGGGAGUGUCAGAAGAGCAACUACUUACAAGACUGAGCCAAGUCUUACAAAAACUACAAGAAAGUAACCUAAGAGUAAACAGAGAUAAAUGCCAAUUUUUUAAACGUAGCAUCAAUUACUUAGGACAUACAAUAGACAAAGACGGCUUACACAAAAAUAGAGAAAAAGUAAAGGCUAUAUUAGAUACAAAAAGGCCUGAAAACCAAAACGAACUUCGAACCUUCCUCGGUAUGGCCAAUUACUAUAAUAAAUUUAUCCCCAACUUGGCAACACUCGCAAAUCCACUAAACAGAUUAUUAAAAAGAGAAAACAAGUUCAUUUGGUCAUCAGAAUGCGAGACUUGUUUCAAUAAUAUAAGGAAGGAAAUCGCCAGUGACAGAGUUCUAGCACAUUUCGAUCCAAAGAAACAAUAA